AAACUGUGAUUUGUUUAUGCCGCAGAAAUGGAAACUAAAACGGAGUCGCUCAAACGGUACAUUUGCUCGUAUGCCGGCUGCUCGGCGGCCUAUAACAAACAGUGGAAGCUGGACGCUCAUUUGUGUAAGCACACGGGCGUGAAGCCGUACGCGUGUGAGCACGAGGGCUGCGGCAAGUCGUUCUGCAGCCCGUACCACCUGACGCGGCACGAGCUCAGCCACAGCGGCGUGAAGCCCUUUCGGUGCACCGAGGACGGCUGCGAGGAGGCCUUCACCACCAACGCCAACCGGGCCAGGCACGUCGGCCGCGUCCACGCGCAGCACCAGAACCAGCAGCAGCAGAAAAAGUACGUGUGCAAAUUCGAGGGCUGCGGGCUCGAGUUCAAGAAGAACAAGCAGCUCAAGGCCCACGUGUGUGAGCAGCACACCGAGCUGCCCCCGUACCAGUGCACGUUCGAAGGCUGCCAGAAGCGGUUCGCCUUCCCCUGCAAGCUGAAGCGGCACGAGAAGGUGCACAGAGGCUACCCCUGCAAGGAGGAGGGCUGCGGCUUCACGGGUAAAACCUGGACAGAGUACACCAAGCACAGGAAGGAGCAGCACAAACACAAGCGCAGGCUCGCUAUUAAGUGCGACCAGUGCAGCAAGGUGUUCAGGGACUCCUGGUUCCUGCAGCAGCAUCAGCACGUCCACUCUGAGACGCGGGUGGUCCUCAAGUGCCCCAGGGACGGCUGCGACAGGGCUUUCACCACCAUGUUCAACCUGCAGAGCCACAUCAGCUCCUUCCACGAGGAGCUGCGGCCCUUCGCCUGCACCCACCCCGGCUGCGGCAAGACCUUCGCCAUGAGGCAGAGCCUCCGGCGUCACAGCGUCGCCCACGACCCGGAGAAGAAGAAGAUCAGGAAGCCUAAGCCCAAAAGAUCUCUCGCUUCCAGGUUGAGCGGUUACAGCGAAACAACAAAGCGUGCGGUUUUCGAAAACCGCAGGCAGCCUGAAUCCCUGACGAGGUGUGCACAAAAGAACACGAGCCCACCUGGUCCUGUUGAGUUGGUGUCCCUUAUGCAGGACACGUCCUUGCUGUGCGGUCCUGCUGUGGACACACAGGAGCUUACCAAUGUCCUGACUACACCUCUGACAAUGUAGACUCAAAUGCAGGACGAGUAUUGAUGAUGCUUUAUUAUUCCUGACUUGGUUAUAGGAAGGUCUCGGUGUUGCAUACAUUCAUUCCGCCACUGUCAAAUCACAAAGAGGUUCCAUAUUUUGGACACAGUUUGGUUUCCUAGGCCUGGAAGCUAAAAAAAAAAAAAAACUCACACCUUUUUAGUUGAUUUAUUUUUGAUUUUUGUUGUUUCUGAAAAAUGAAUCCACUUUGCACCAAAUUCUGGUGUUCCGUCCUUCCGGAUGUCGUCAACUUUUCUCUGUUGAAAUGUUUUCUUUUGGGGACUUUUAUGUUCUGGAGCCAUUAAUUCUCUCUAUUUGUGUAAUUUAUAUAUAAAUAUGUAUCUCUUGUCUAUAUUUUGAUGUUGAUAAGAAGAAAAUGCAGUAUUAUAAGAUGGCAGAAAAUACAAAUGCACAAAGACAGUGUUUGUUUAAAUAAAAACCUGUUGAAUGUA